GCACUUUUGAUGUUGCCACAUCUAUUUAAAAUCGGAAUCAGCUGAUUGUUCCAAAUAUCGAUGGGCCCGAUAUAAUGCAAUCGUAAAUAUCGAUAAGGUCGCUUCUUCUUCCUCUUCUUUUCCGCUGAGCUGUCAAAAACUUUGAUAAUUCGCAAUGGCCAAGUCAAAGAAUCACACCAAUCACAAUCAGAACAAGAAGGCUCAUCGCAAUGGCAUCAAGCGCCCAAUGCGCAAACGCCACGAGUCUACCCUGGGCAUGGACGUCAAGUUCUUGAUCAACCAGCGAUAUGCGCGUAGGGGUAAUCUUUCCCGCGUAGAGGCAGUCAAGCGCUACGAAGAACGCAUUGCUGCUCAGCAGGGCAAACCCAAGCCCGUUAAGUUGUAAAUUCCCAGCCGCAUUCGAUCUUGUUUUGAGUGCAAAUCGUGUGUUAGAAUAAAGGAAAAAAACAUUUAACGAAA